AGUUGACAGCACGCGCCAGUAACCUAAAUCUGUUUUUGCGGUGACUGUUUACUUGCUUAACCUGACCAUCGCUAACUUUUGUCGGCAAGGAGCAUGCCGACUGCAACGAUGACCAUUAACGGACUAGUACAGCGAUCAGGAUCGGGGUCCGUUCGUGGUCAGACCUCUGUUUUCGGCAGGCCGACCCGUCGCAUCCUGGCUGUCAGAGCUUACCAGGAGUCACAUGUCACUCAGACAGCACCUGUGCAGCCUAUAACAAGGAGUGCGGCCGCAUGGCUGAAGACCGGCAUUAUGGCCGGCGCCUGCUUACUGGUUGGAUUCAACGGAAGCGCGGCCCACGCGGCCCGACGAGCCCCGAAGUCCGAGCCCAAGGCUGCUCCUGUGGUGGUGGUGGAACAGCAGCAACCAGCUGCCACCGCCGCCGCCGCCGCCUCCCCAAGCAGCCAGCCCCACCUGGUGUUGGGUGUGGACUGGCAGCGGCGGGUGCGGCAGGUGCAGGCCUCGCCGUACACCCUGCCGGUGGUGACCGCCGUCCUGCUGAUGGCCGCUAUCAAGCUGCUCAGCGGCAAUGCAGAUGGAGGCAGCAGCGGUAGCAGUGACAGCAGCAAUGCUGCCGCAGCUGCGGAGAAGAAGGCACCAACGCAGCCGCCGGCGGACACCCCAGCCAGCAGCGGCAGCGGAGGCUCUACAGCGCCCGCUUCCAAGCCAGCUGCUGCGGCCAGCAGCGGCGCCGCAUCGAAGCUUGCGUCCACACCUGCAGCGGUGGCAGCGGUGCCGGCGGUACCGGCUGCUGCUGCUGAUGCCGCUGCCGCGCCUGCGGUGGUGGUCACCUCGCGACCACUCACCGUCUCCGCCAAGCCCGUCAUGGGAGCUCCGGUGCCGCUCCCACCCAAGCCCGCAGCGUCUCCCGCAGCAGCGCCGGUGACAGCUGCCGCUCCUCCUGCGGUGCCGUCUCCUCCUGCACCCGCUACCGCGGCCCCUGCAGCAACACAGCCCGCAGCUGCAGCGGCGGCGUCCCAGAAGGCGGCGAUGGUGGACAGCCGCCCUUCAGCCAAGGAGUGGAUUGCCAACUGGCGCGCGCAGCAGCCAGCAAAGCAGCAACCCCCGUCACCCGCAGCAGCAGCAGCAGCCGAACUCGCCACCACCACCACCACCAUCCCAACAACAGCAGCCGUCGCAGCAGCAACCGAGCCCCAGGAGGACGUCACCGGCAGCAGGCCCUCCGCCAAGGAGUGGAUCGCCAACUGGCGUGCCUCCCAGCAGCAGCAGCAGGCCGCCUCCCCACCCGUGCCCGCACCCGCAGUGCCCUCCUCCUCCUCCUCCUCCUCCUCCGUACAAGGGGAGCAGCAGGGGGCAGCAGCCAGCGAUGCCGCUGCCGCCGCUGGCGCUUCUGCUCCCAGCCCUGUCAGCCCUGCCGCCGGCGCUGCUCCCCUGCCGGCUGUGGUGGUGGCGAGUGACGAGUACGUCAUUUUCAAGUUUGGUGACGUCAAUAGCACCGGCGACAGCCUUCCCGUCGCGGCUCAACCGGUGAGUGUGCUGACGUCAGCAUCAGCGCCGUCGGCGGCGGCGGCGGCGGCGGCGGGGCCCGAGGCUGGAGCGCCACAGGUAAUCCCGAGCUCAGCGGCGGCGGCAGCGGCAAGGACUGGCCGCAGUGUGUUCGACAGCUCGGGCAGCGAUGACGAUUUCCAUGUGCCGCCGCCGCCACCAUCAAAGGCGUCUGCAGCGGAGACCGGCGCGCAACCUGUUUCAGUGGCUGCCUUAGCUGCUGCCUCGGCUGCUGCUAUGACUGCUCAAUCGCGGCCUGAGCAUCACGCUGCAGCUGCGAAAGGAGGCAGCAGCAGCAGCCGGUCUUCCGCUGCGGCUCGCGACCCCAUCGUGAUGACGGCUGCGACCAUGGUGGCUGCUGCACGGCAGAUGAGGGGCUUCGGAGCCUUCGUGUCGGACGGGUUGGUGCCCGCUGUGGGGGCGCUGCUGGGCGGGGGCAGCAGCGGCAGCAGCGGUGGCAACAAGGGCAGCAGCAAGAAGUGAGGGGAUUGCUUCAGGGUGCUCAAGAAAGAUAGAUAUGUGCAAGGGGGCGGGACGCGGGACAGUUUUACAGCACUUUCAUAUACUGGUAGGGGGGUACUUUGAUACUCGCAUGGGCUUUGCCGGUGGCUUUUCGUUUCGUACAGCCCUGUUCUGCAUUCCGGGAAGCGGCUUCCAAAAGAGGCAUUUUGACGCGGGUGGCCUCUUGCAACAUUGAUGCCAUUUAGUUAGCUUGGCCGACGUCUAUGAAGUGUUUGUGCCUGGAAAGGAGGCGUCGAGACAACGCGAGGAUUGCAGCGUUCUGGAAGAGUCGUGUCCUUUGGGUUCCCGGUCCUGUGUGUUGGCUUCAUCUCGGUAGCGCUGUACGGCAUCCGCGGCUCACACGUGCUACGUGUCCUUGUCUUUGCCUAGGUCAGGGCGUGCCUAGGUCAAGGCUUACAGUAGUUAAUAUAGGAACCCUCAUCUUGAUCCCUAGCACCACUGGGCCGUACUGGGGGGAGCUGUGGGGUCUGCAUCAUGUACUGCAUGUUUUUUGAAGCUGGGGAGUCAUGGUAGGGCGGCAGCAGCUUUUGCGUUUAGUAUGCUGGGACUCGUGCUUAGACGCAACAAGGGCCCCCGCAGCUUCAGUUCAUCUUGCCGGGCAUGGUAUUGAUGGCUUCCGUUUGGUCCUUCAUUUCUAGUGACGUCAACGACGCCAUGCAGGCAGCAUGUGUGCGUCUGUCUUGUCCCCAGCGGAGCGCAACCUAAACGUUGUUCACCGCGCUGAGUGGCUCCCAGUAGUAGUGCAGUUGCUUCCCAGCGCCUGGCUCCGUUACUCUGCUCCGUUGCUUGUUGGCAUGCAUGCAGGGGGCACCGUUGCAUGCUGGGACUCCUGGCAUGCAUGCAGGGGGCUUUGGCGUGUGUUAAGAAAACUGGGCGCGAACUGGCUUCGGUGUGUGUGUGUGUGUGUGUGCAGGCGUUGAGGUCCCGCCACAGCGGUGGCAAGAGAUCACAACACAUCAGCGGUGCCGCCUGUUACAUCGCUUGUUCUGCUGGUGUGCAUGUUGCUGCUUUGUCUUGUUGGGAUGCUCAAGGACGUCACCCCCGGCUCACGGGCGUCGGUCACUGGCUGGCUACCAGCCCUUAACAGUGCCGUACGUUACAACGGACUGGUUGGAUUCGUGCUCACCCCCGGCUCUUAGGUAUUGUGCUUGAUAAGGUUCCCGGGGUUUGGCGGUUUGGCGGUCGUACUAGACAGGAGGCGCAGGGCGUUGCAAGUUGCAUGGCGACGUGGAUUCGGGGCUCGACGCGGUUCGUACACAGUUGAACACGUACGAGUUUACAAUGCUUUGGAUGUGAUCGUUUAUAUGCAUUGCCUUCAUCAUGCUCCCGUCAGUGUCCCUUGUUACUCGGAGGAAUGGAUCCCAGCGGCCAGGAUGAGGCUAAUUGUGCAAUAAACGGCUCC